AUGCUGUCGAUGGAUGAUCACACAAGAAUGCUGAUGGAAAUUGAAGAUACUCAACAACAAAAGCAAGAGCGAUCAUCGAGAAAGAGAUGGACUCCGUUACUUGACAAGACGUUAGCUGAUUUGGUGGUUAAACAGAUCCAACUAGGAAACAGGCAGAACAAUGUUUUCGACAGGAAAACGUGGAGUAACAUACGCGACGAGUUCAACGAGAAGACCGGACUCAGCUACAACAACAAUCAGUUAAGGAAACAUCUCGAUGUUCUGAGACAACGCUACGAUUCUGUGAAAUCUUCUCAUGCUCAGAACGAGUUUGUUAUGGAAGACUCUGGAUGUAUCUUGGGUUUUGACUUGUGGGAAGAUCUCGGUGUACAUCCUAGGAGUGAACCGGUUAAAGUUAAGGAAAGUCCAAUAUAUGAGCAGCUUUGCACUAUCUUUGGUGAUGACUCCGCUGUGGGUAAAUAUGCUCAGUCGAGUCACUUCGAGGGACUUGAAGAAUCCUCCAUGGCGAAUCAAACCUCAGGUUUGUUCACAUCUCCGGCGGAGAAUUUAUCAUCGACACCAAGUGUCGCGAACAAAGACUUGUCGGAGAGAAAAAGGAAGAGAGAACCGGAUUCAAAGACUUCUUCGUCCCCAGGCCAGAUUGAUCCAGCAGCACUUGAAACCAUGGCAGGUGCUUUGUCAGACAUGUUGACUGGUUUGAGGUCAAGGAUGGCUGAUUUGAAAACGACAGAUGAUAGAUUUAGUAUCGCUAACUGCGUCAAUGCGCUUGACGAGAUAGAGAACGUGGAUGAAGGUGUCUAUUUUGCAGCUCUAGACCUUUUUGAGAACCCUGGUCUUAGAGAGACCUUUAUCUCUCUUAAAGCUAACAAGUUACGGUUGACAUGGUUGCGAGUUAAGUGCAGGAAACUUUCUCCUUCAGUUGCACAGCUAGGUUGA